AUGCAAAAAAAUGAGGGAAAAGAAAAUUUGUAUUUUAAGGGAUCCCCAUAUAGCCAUGUUAAUAAUCCGCGAAAUAAAUGCGCAAGCUACUUCGACAUAAAUCAGAUUAAGCAAUUAUGCACCACUCAAAGUGCAAAUGGGUAUGAACAAAUUUUUUGUCCAUAUUAUAAAGAAGAAGAAAAGGCAGUAAAAAAAAAUAAAAAAGAAAUACUCAACAUGAAAAUUUCAUUACCCUUGUCCCGGAGUGGUAACAACAAAAUGAAUCAAAUAAAGAAGAAAAAUUGGUACUCAAAAAGAAAAUCAUUAACUGAAUUAACACCCAUUCAUUACACCCAGUCGUACACAGCAACGGCAGACCAGUACAAAAAUUACGAGGAAACAGUAACAUCCAUAGGGCUAAAAGAAAAAAAAAGAAUGAAAUUAAAUCCUUUUAAUGAAGAUUCAGACUUUUUUCAUGGUAAUUCCUUUGAUCAAACACCAAGAAAAUGUUCUACAUUUAACAAUUCCAGAACAGAAGAAAAAGAAGAAGGCACAAAUGUGUAUAAUCCAAAUUCUAGUAUAAACAAAAGUAAUAAAAAAACAUUCAUUAAUACAAACAGUUCAUUAAAUAAAUAUGAUUUUAUUAGAUAUGUGUGUUCUCCUACGAAAAAAUCAUGUAACAAUAAAAAUACAAAAUCUGAAAAUGAAAUUUACAACACACCUAAAAAUAGUACUCCCAAACGAACAACCAAAACAGAUUUAUUCGAUAAUACCAAUUCGUAUAAUUAUAACCAUAGCACGGACAAUUCUAUUUUUGUUGCAUGUGAAAAAAAAAGCAAUAUACUUCACCAUAGCAGUUUUGACGAAUAUAAUGAAAAAUCCAGAAUUCAUGUGCAGCCCAUCGAUGACGAAAAUCCAGAAUCGAGCAAAGGGAAUAAAGUGCUCGAUGAUCGAAAUGAUCACAUCACAGUUUCUGAAAAAAAUGGAAUCAAUAAUACCAAAAAUUAUGACUUCAAAAAAGUCUCUGAAUAUGAACAAACAGUUGCUACAAACAGUACCAUAAAAAAUAACGGAAAAUGUUAUGAAGGGGGCACCACAAACGGCAGAAAUAACGACCGCUUGCAUUCCCCUAAGAAUGAUGAACAUAAGAAUGGAUUUAUCGAUUUGGAUAACUACGAUUCCAUCGAUCGACUCAGCAAGAACUUUUUCAUAAACAACAAAAAAAUUUUCAUCAAUGAUUUCAGCAAAUCUAAGGGAGAAUAUAUUAACCAUACCAAGGGCAACAUGGACAAUCAUAAUAGGAAUGUUUCUCGAAAUGAUAGCACAUUGCAUAAAAGCAUAGAAAAAGGGAAAAAUUAUAUUUACACACAAAAAAGAGAUGAAAAUAUCAGAGGAAAAGAUAACAAUCAAGGAAUUAACACAAAUGGUGAUAUCACACAACAAGACCCUUCUAGAAAAUUGAACGAUUCAAGUCGCGGAGACUGCAUUCAAUGUGACGUUGAUAAUUUCGAUGUGGAUAAUUACGAUGUGGAUAAUUACGAUGCAGAAAAUUGUGACAUCGAUAAUCACGAUGUGGAUUAUUGUGAUGCAGAAAAUUGUGACGAGGAAAAACAUGAUAAGAAUAAAACCAGUCGCAGUACCGAGUGGAAAUUUGAUGAAGGGGACCCCGAUGAACAGCAAAGGGACAGAUGGAGCUACCUACGAGAUAUGAAUACAUUCGUGAGGAAAAACUACAACACGACGAAAUCUCUGUAUAACUAUUUAGACGUGUCAUAUAACUGUAGUAAGGAAGAAAUUAAAAAUUCAUAUAAAGAAAAAAUAAAAGUGCAUCACCCAGACAAAGGAGGAAAAAUAAAAAAAUUCCUAGAACUAAAAUUAUCAUACGAUAUUCUAAGCAAUGAUAAAAAGAGAAAAAUGUAUGACAAGUAUGGACAUAGCAUAUUAGAAUUAUUAAUAAGUGAAAAAUUUCAAGAUUAUCAUAUUUCCUCAUCAGAUGAAAAUAAUGAACAAGUAAUAGAUGAAGAAAAUUUGAAGAUAUACGAUUUGCUUGUUCAGAAAUAUAAUAAUAUUUCUUAUUUACAUAAUUUACACGAUUUAAAAAUUGAUAGUAACCAAUACAAUGAAUUUCAAAAAUUAAUUUUCCAUUUUUUCAAUGAUGAAAACCCAAUGUUUAAAAAUACAUUUUAUUUAUACCCACUUUACUCCCCAUAUAUAUCUCUUUAUAAAAAAAAAAAAAAAAAAAGUAAAAAAAAAACACAUAAUUUGGAAUUAUCAGAAACUUCAGAAAAGUCUACCAUGCAUUAUGACGAAAUGAACGAUUCCCUCAGUUCAGGAAGAAGUGAUAUAUCUAAAAAUUCAUUUCCAUCGAAUUACAACAUAACAAAUGAAAUUACAAUUUUCGACAUAAUAAGCAGAAAACAGGUUACAAAUAUGUUUAAUGAAUUGAACUUAGAAUUUGAAUAUUUUUACAAAAACAGCAUAAUGAAUAAAAUAGAACAAUCAGAACACUUUAACAACACCAAGUACAACAAAGAAAAAACAUUUCAAAAAAUAAAAAACCAGAAUGACGAAUACCAUUCAAAGUUAUAUCCGAAUUGUUACAAUACCACAGCAACCAUAAGGAAAGAUACACAACAUCCAAUGGAAUCACCAUCAGUAGAUGAAAAUACAACACCCUCUGGAGCACACAAUUAUAAGCAUUCCCAAGAAAGAUAUAAUUUCAACAUUUCAAACAAUUUUAGUCAAAAUAACCAUGGUCAUUUUUUUAGGGAAAUUCAAACGUCUCCAAUUGCAUAUAAAAUCAUUAACGAAAAUAACGAAAAUCAUAUUACCGAAUUUUACAAAUGGUUUGAAUUUUUUUUCAAUCAUCAAAAAGAAUCUCAAAGGGAAAGAUUAGAACGUGACAAUCAAACAACCAGCACAAAAGAUACACUCACCCAACCAGAUACACUCACCCAACCAGAUACACUCACCCAACCAGAUACACUCACCCAACCAGAUACACUCACCCAACCAGAUACACUCACCCAACCAGAUACACUCACCCAAUCAGAUUCACUCACCCCACCCGACGAACGAAAUAUAAGAAAAAUUCCUUUUUGUGACUCCAAGUGUGAACAAAAUCGAAAGGAGUACCACACCCCGAGAAAAACAUUCUUGAAUAUGAAAAAUGGUGAGGCUGAAUCGAAGACUCGUAACCAUAGCAGACGCAAAGAUGAGUUGUACUUUAUGCAAAAUGAUGAAGGUAGUGCAAAAAAUAAUUAUGAAGGACUCAAAACAUUUCAAGAUUGUAGUCAUAAUUUCUGUGCAUUUGAUCAACCGUUACAUAACAGAAAUAAUGACUUCGAGAAUGCAGAAGAAAAUGGGAAUAUGCAAAACUCAAGAGAUCGAUCUAGAAACACACAUAACAACGUGUAUAGAAACAUGGGUAAUUAUCAGAAUAAAUAUACAAUUUGUUAUCAAAACAGAAACGAAUUUUAUGAAAACGCUGGAACUACACCCAUUUCACAUAUUAUAACAGCAGAAGAAAAAUCAAACAAAUUGGAAAUACAUCACCAGAAGUGGCACAACAAUAAUACCCACUUUCAGACGAACACGAAUAUAACUCCAAUAUUCAAAAAUAGUACACCGAAAAUGAGCGAAAAAAAUAAAUGGAGUCAGAAUAAAUCACACGAAAAAAAUCCAGUUGAAACAAGGAACAAUAGUAGUAAUAACAUUGUGGAAGACAAUAUAGAUCUAAAUAUUGAAGAAAAAUAUGGCUUCAAUUUGAUCAAGAAAAGUAAACAAAAAAUUAAAGAUUUAACACACGAUUUUAAUUAUAUAUAUAUAGGAAAUAAUGUAAACAAAAAGAAAAAAUAUAUAUUAUUUAUAAAAGAAGAAUGCAUCAAGCAAUUUUUAAAAAUCAAAUUACUAAUUCAUAAAAUUAGAAAAAAAUCAAAUUUGAAACUUAUAUCCAUAUUCGAACAUGAAAUAGAUAAAAAUAUAAAAAACAUGGAAUAUAUAUUACUCCUAAUAACACAUAAAGAUGAAUUGAUUCCCUUAAAUGAUUUUUACUUACUUGAUAAAAAUAUUUUUUCAAAGGACUAUUAUUGUAUACCUAUAUAUAUAAAAAAGAACAUAAUAAUUAGACCAACUUUUUUUCACUUCAAAUGGAUUGUAUACACUAUACAAUCAUUUAUUUUUUUUAAUUUCUAUUUUAAAAAAGUAAACAAGUAUAUGUGUGCUUUCCCCUUUUUUAAUUAUAAAUAUAAUAUUUUCAAAAAAUUUAUCGAACCUGAAGAAAAAAACAUUAGCAUCAGCAGAAGCAACAGAAACAGCAAAAGUAACAACCACUACAGCAACCACAAUAACAACCAACAUCAUAUAAAAGAUUUAUACAUAUUUUUUCAGCAACAUAUCAUCAAAAAUAAACCACAAUAUUUGAAAUACUUCCCUCACUCUUUAAUUCUCUAUUUAAAAGAUAUCGUAUCACCAAAUGAACACAGUACAAAAAAUAUUACUGUGAACAUACCCUCAAUUUGUGUUCUAACACCCCAUAAACCGUUGGGUCCCAUGGAAUACUAG